AUGACAGCCCUGACGUUCAGCGUCGCAGCCAUCGCAUUCUGGAUGCUGCGACUGCGCAGUCCACCACUGCCCGUGCCUAUCAUCACCAGUCCCGAUCACCCCACAACCAUCACCCGAAUCUGCGACGUCUAUAAGGACUACCUAGCUUUUAGCUCGGCAACCAGGGUUCAGACGCUAUACGAAGCCCUUGGAUUGGACGCGACGCAGAACCCAGGGAUCGGGGAAGUCUGGGCGGCGUUGCGGGAGCGCGUGGAGAGUGAUUACUAUGCAGACAGUGCCCCGGCGGAUGACGGCACCAGCUCCGGCUGGCAGCAUGAAGAGAAGACCCAGGAGGGAGACGGCAAGGGAAAUGAAGAGUCUGGAAACCAUGUGGCAAACGGCCAUGGGCUUCCGCCGUCCCCACUCCCGCUCCCGCCCUCGCCGCCGAUCAAGCCCAAGGCCAGCGAGGUUUGGGCACAGAUUGGUGACGUGUUGAUUGACACCAACCUGCGCACCACGUACGACCAGGCCUUCAUGUCCGUACUGACGGGACUUGGAGUAGAUCGGACGGUGGCGCUGAGAAGAAUAUGCCGGUUGGAUGAAGAAUAG